AUGGUUCUUCCAGCUUCAAGUGCUCUGGUGCUUCCUACUGUAGGCAAUGGUGCAAAAGUAGCGGAUCAAAUCUAUAGCGAAGCUGAUGUAGACAUCUGUGAAGUCGUUGAAAACCUCCAGGAGUCCAAAUUCUUAGUGACGGGAGAACCCAAUACCAUGGUUGAUAAGCAGAGCCAGCAGAAGGAAAAGCAGAUUUCUGUGGAUCCCAUAUCACUGAAGGAAUUGUCAGUAAGAGAUGAAAGCUCAAAUUUGGUGUUGCCCCCUGCAAUCACCGUUCCAAAAUUAAGUUUCAGUAGUAUUCACCUUCCCAUUUCUCCAUCACCUGUGAAACCUAAGCUUUUAAGUUUCAGCCUCCCAAACUCAGCAGCCUCAUCUCCAAGAUUCAGUACAUCUGUACUAAAAAAGAAAUGGAGAAACCAAUGCCAAGCAUCUCCACGUCAUGUAGAUGGGAGUCCGAAUCACAGCAACUCUCCAGUGGCCUCACAUCGAGAGAGUCAGUUGCGCAGGAGUAAAUCAUGUGGUGAAGGGAGAGCAUGUGCACCUUCAGAUGAAUUUGACCUUUGGUUGAAUGGAGCGAACAUUGAUGGAGGAUAUCACGACAGGUUUUACUCUGGCCUAGCUACAACUCAGACUGAAGGCAGCAAAGAUGAAAGGAAGAGGGGUAAGAAGGUGGAUCCUCAGGAAGAUGGAUUUAAAUGUGGGGCGCUGUGCUUGUUCCUGCCAGGCUUUGGAAGGGGAAAGCCAGUGAGGGCGAGAAAGGAAGAAGCAGAGGUGACUAACGUGAUAUCAAGGACGGUUUCUCUUGAAAAGUUCGAAUGCGCAUCUUGGGCUUCAUCGGCAAUAGUAAACAGCAAUAUUGAAGAAGACGGAGACUCCAUGAAUCUGUAUUUUGAUCUGCCGCUAGAACUGAUUCGAACUAGCGUGAAUGAUGCCAAUUCACCGGUGGCAGCAGCUUUUGUAUUCGAUAAAAACACGAAAGGGGUUCUCAAGAACAGCAUGGGAAGAACGGCAGGGGCCAGAAAAUCACAGGAAUCAUCUCGCCAUGUUCGGUUUUCAACAUCAACCCCUACUUCGUACCCAGCCUCCCCAUCUUCUUGCAUUACACCUCGGCUGCGCAAGGCAAGGGAGGAUUUCAAUGCUUACUUGGAAGCACAGAGUUGA